AUGAUUCAAUUAGCAUUAGAUGUUGCUGAUGGAAUGGAUUAUUUAUCAGAUCAAAAAUUUGUACAUAGAGAUUUAGCUGCAAGAAAUUGUCUUGUAAAUGUAAAUAAGACUUGUAAAGUUGGAGACUUUGGAUUAACCCGUGACAUAUAUGAAACAGAUUAUUAUCGACGAGGUGGUCGAAGUUUUCUUCCGAUCCGAUGGAUGGCACCGGAAAGUCUAAGAGAUGGACGUUUUGAUACAUUAUCUGAUGUUUGGUCAUUCGGUGUUCUUCUAUGGGAAAUAGCAACAUUAGCUGAACAACCUUAUCAAGGUUAUGGCAAUGAAGAAGUUGUUCAUUAUGUUCGAUAUGGAAAUAUAACACUCGAACGUCCACCAAACUGCCCAGAAAUAUUACAUAAACUAAUGCGUGCCUGUUGGACAUUUUCGCCCGGUGAUCGAAUAUCUUUUCGAUCAAUAGUUGAUGAAUUAGUUCCAUAUGAAAAUGAAGAUUUUCGUUUGAAUGCAUAUUAUCAUACUCAACCGCAUUCACAACAAGAAACAGUACUUACGGAUAGUAAUAGUGAUGAAAAGGACUUAUUAUUAGUUGAUGAUAAUGCCAGUGAACAGCAGUAA